AUGGACCGAGGAGCGCAGGAGCGCGAGGAAGCUGGGAAACUCAAGUCGGCUAUCGCACGGAAUGGGCAGAAACCAAAAAGACAUCAUCGCUUGCGGGAUAAUGCUCAUAAUCCACGGGACGAAGUCCAUCGCGAAGCCUUGGACCUGGUUGGACAAGACACUGCGCUCUUGACGAUGUCUUUGAGCCCGAGGGAGCCUGGAAUGUCAUUGGGGUCUCCAAUAACUCUGCCUGGUGUGCCAUCUAUCAAUUGGCCCAGUAGCUGCUUCGUUUUGUCGUCAGAAGAUGAGUUCAUGCUAGACCAGAUAGUGUCAUCACACUCCAGUGCGGGCUCAUUGCACUCCAGUACAGACAGGUCUGGAGGCGCCGCCAUGUCACCGCGGUCAACAAUCUCGACAAGUAUUCUCUCCGGACUUCAAAGUGGCACCGGUACCGACCUCAACCUCGACCUAGCUGGUGAUCAUUGA